UGAUGUUGUAAUGCCUGGAUAAUUACAGCCCCAGACACUCAUUGGAGGAGCCUGAACAGCCAGCGACUUCCUUCUUGCAGACUGAGGCUCCCAGUCCCACCUUGGUAUAGGCAGAACUUUUUGCCCCUUUCUGCUGACUGAGAUUUGCACCCCUGUGUGUUGGGAUCCUGGUCACUCCUUUUGCUGGGUGCAGGGGGAGGUGACCUGCUUGGAAAAUGAGGACAGAUACUGCUCUGGGAAACCUCCUUUCCACCCUCUGCGGAAAAGCUCUCUGACUGAACUGCCGGGAUCCAUGGCCAGUUUAUGGGAGUAGAUCACUGGGAUCCCUUUUUCGCACUUCGGAUUGAUUUAUCUCCCUUAUAAAGGCUUCUGUAAUGAAUGAAGGCGUUAUGAUUCUUCCUGUGCUUAUGAUGAUCUCCUUCUCAUCUCCCAGCAUGGAAGAUGAAAAUUUGCGUCUGAAUGCUGGGCCCUAUAAAUGUGUGUGUGAAGGAAUGUCCUGUGGUAACGGGGACCACUGCUACGGACAGCAGUGCUUCUCCUCUCUCAGCAUAAAUGAUGGAGUUAAGGUUUAUCAGAAAGGUUGCUUUCAAGUCUAUGAACAAGGCAAGAUGACAUGCAAAACCCCUCCUUCUCCAGACCAGGCGGUGGAGUGCUGUCAAAGUGACCUUUGUAACAUGAACAUUACAGCACACUUGCCAACGAGAGGGAGGACGCUACAAGGAGAAGCAUUAAAUUACAGUGUAGAAACCCUAGCUAUAUUCAUUCUUGCUCCUGUGAUUGUGUUGAUCGUUUUAUCUGUUGUGGCUGUUUUGGUCUUCCGAAAAAUUCAGCAGCGUCACAUGGAGAGGCUUAGCACCCGAGAUGCAGAAUAUGGAACUAUAGAUGGCCUCAUUGCAUCGAACGUUGGUGAUAGCACACUUGCAGAUCUGUUGGAUCAUUCCUGUACCUCUGGGAGUGGAUCUGGGCUUCCUUUCUUGGUUCAAAGAACAGUUGCUCGUCAAAUAACUCUCGCAGAGUGUGUUGGCAAAGGACGUUAUGGAGAGGUUUGGCGAGGUCAGUGGCAGGGAGAAAGCGUGGCAGUAAAGAUUUUUUCAUCCCGUGAUGAGAAGUCCUGGUUUCGAGAGACUGAACUCUAUAAUACAGUGCUACUACGACAUGAAAAUAUACUUGGUUUCAUUGCUUCAGAUAUGACUUCCAGAAACUCCAGCACACAGUUGUGGUUAAUAACACAUUACCAUGAGUUAGGAUCACUGUAUGACUACUUGCAAGUCACCACAUUGGACACAGUUACCUGUUUACGGAUCGUCUUGUCCAUUGCUAGCGGUCUGGCACAUCUGCACGUAGAGAUAUUUGGUACACAGGGGAAACCUGCCAUUUCUCAUCGAGAUCUGAAGAGCAAGAAUAUCCUUGUCAAAAAAAAUGGACAGUGCUGCAUAGCCGACUUGGGUCUUGCAGUGAUGCACUCUCAAAGUACCAACCAACUAGAUGUUGGGAACAAUCCCCGAGUUGGAACAAAGCGCUACAUGGCUCCUGAAGUUCUUGAUGAAUCAAUCCAAGUAGAUUGUUUUGACUCUUACAAGAGAGUUGAUAUUUAUGCUUUUGGGCUUGUCCUGUGGGAAGUAGCCAGGCGCAUGGUUAGCAAUGGUAUUGUUGAAGACUACAAACCUCCAUUUUAUGAUGUUGUUCCUAAUGACCCUAGUUUUGAAGAUAUGAAAAAAGUUGUGUGUGUUGAUCAGCAAAGGCCAAACAUUCCCAACAGAUGGUUCUCAGACCCAACUCUAGCAUCUCUUGCCAAGCUGAUGAAGGAAUGCUGGUACCAAAACCCAUCUGCAAGACUCACAGCCUUACGCAUCAAAAAGACUUUAACCAAAAUUGACAAUUCCUUAGAUAAACUAAAAUCUGACUGUUGAAGAGCAUUCAGGACUGCCAUGAAAUCUUUGCAUAAUUCAUAAAAAAUAAAAAUGGAAAAAAAAAAAACAGUGCUUGCCUGCCGAGGGUUUAGAACUUUUCAUUUUAUCUGGUUUCUUUAUAUACGUACCCACCUGUAUGAAGACAAUCCUGCUCUUUGUUCUUGCUCAGUUACUUUAAAUGGGCAUUUCACAAAAGACCAACUUCCACGUCAGAGGUCGGGCGUAUAAUUGCAAAGAUUUGGCUUUGAAGGAGCACAGCAGACAUUUUAGGACAACUCUGGGCAUUAAAAUGGUAAUCUUGGAGGAAAUAAAACUUUUUUUCUUUCCCUUCAAAAUCCCAGUCACUCCUUAGUAAAACAAAUGGGACUUUAGUGACAUUUAAUCAGCAAUAUUGCGUGUGCUUCUCUGUUCUAAUGCACUAGCAAUUCUUUGCAUUCCUUACUUGCACUGUUACUGUUCAUUUUAAUGACAGAUGCCAAAUAUAUGGUUGGCCGUGUAUGGAUCUGUGUUAUUGAAUUAUACCAAUUCAGUGGGCGGGUGGGACUAAUGCGAAAACUAUCCUGAAAUGCGUCAGCAAUAGCUGCCAUUUUAAGCGUUUAUGUUUACAAUAAUGCUGAACAUUAGAUUUUUCUUGUCUAUAAUUGCAAAUUAUUUAUUAUUAGUGCACUUAAUGGUUUAAACAACAAAACUAAAAUCAAACCAAAAGGUGCAGAAAAAAACGACAGCUAUUUUCUUUUUUUUUUUCUUACAUUAUUAUAAUAAUUUUUUUUUAUGAACACAAGUCAUUUUGUAACACAGUGUAAGAAACAAAAAUAUUUCUGUAUUCUCACAUUGCAACUUUGAUCACAUAAUUUUAUUUUAAAUGCUGAGAUGUGUGCGUGCGUGUGGUCUGUAAAAAUUUCAGUUUUAAGCUAAAUGAAAAUGUGUUAACACUCACAAAUGGCCCCCUUUAGCAUUUUUCUGACAUAGGAAAUAAGUUCGCAUUUCACUAGAAAAUGAGGGUCUGAUUUAUUCUAAGGGGGAGGGGAUGCAUUUUCUUCUAAGCUAAUGUGCAUUGUAAACUCUGCGAGAAAAUAACUAUUUUUGUUUUAUUCUACUUUUUGUAUUUAGUAGUUAUUUGUAUAAAUUAAAUAGAAUGUUUUGAAGUCUAA